AUGGCGGUGGAGGGCGCGGCGAUAGCGGCGAGCGAUGGGACGACGCGAGCGGACGCGGCGCUGGCGCUCGAGCGGGACGCGGCGGCGCGGCGAACGCGGGACGACGUGCGACCGCUGGGGUGGUAUCGCGUCGUGGACGAUCGAGACGAGGCGAACGAAGAGGAUUUGGCGAUCGGGGACGCGUUCGCGCGGGACGUGAUGGCGCGGGCGACGCGGGAUGGGGACGAUGGGGAGGCGGCGGCGGCGGCGGUGUUCGCGCUGGUGAGCGCGCGCGGGGGCGCGGACGACGCGCCGGGGGUGCGGUGGUACGAGCGCGGGAGCGAUGGUUUGCGGGAGGAGACGUUUACGGUGGAGAUGCUCGAGGCCGAACGCAUCGUGGUGGACGAAGUGGCGAAGAUCGCGCCGGAGGGGCGGGAUUCGCGGAGCGCGCGGUUCGCGUCGAGUUUGGAAUCGGCGGCGACGGCGACGACGGCGCUGCGGGAUCGAUUAGCCGUAGUGCUCGAGUAUCUUCGCGCGGUGAAGGACGGGAGAGCGGUGCUCGAUCGUGACGUGCUGCGCGAAGUCGCGAAGGCGAUGGUGGUGUUGCGAACGAGCUCGAGCGAGGCGUUGCGAGAGGAUUUCGCGGACGAGUACGAGAACACCCUCGUGUUGAAUUACCUCACCGCGAUGACGAAGACGACGGAUGGCUUGAGCGAGGCGAUCGAUAAGUUUCACAUCGUGCACGGCGAUCACUCCUUAGUCACCGCGACACGAUUCCACACUCGCGGACGCGGGAUGCCGCCGACGCCGGGACACGACUUGAUUUGA